GGACCAAAGACAUCUGCUCCCUGCUACUCUCCCAGAGAGCUGAAGGAGUCUUCAAGCCUGGAGCAAGAGAGCAAGGGCUCGUUGACAGCAUUGCCCCUCUGAUGGAUCUCUGAACGUCUGCACCGCUCACAAGGGCUACCCCUCGUCACCAGAGGGCAAAAUGGCUCAGGACAUGACAGAGAAGGAGCUGCUGAAGAUGGAGCUGGAUCAGCUGAAGAAGGAGGUGAAGAACGAGAGGCAAAUGAUCUCCAAGACAGGCAAAGAACUCAAGGAAUACAUUGAGUCCAUGGCAGGUGAGGAUCCGCUGCUGAAGGGAGUCCCUGAGGACAAGAACCCCUUUAAGGAGAAGGGUGGCUGUACGAUAAGCUGACCCCCACUGCUAUCACCGCUGGGCACAGGAAUGUUCCUGUGUGCAAGCCAAGACUGUCAGAAACCUGCUUUCCCUGUAGUCUGACCUCAGCACUGGGGAGUCCAGAACCAAAGCACAGCACAUCUAAAGGAUGGCAAAAAGAAGAAUGGAAAAAAAAAAAAAAAAUAUUAUCCCACUGCCACCAAAGAUGAGGUUCAGCAGCCAGCGCAGUGUGCUUUUGUGCUCUCACAGCUGAUCUACAUUUUGUUUCCUGCAAGCAAAACUUCUGCAUUUUUAGCAGACAGCAGCAAACUGGGCUUUAAUGAAACCGCAGAGCUGUGUCUGUCUCAGGCUUCUCCAAGCAGCCCAGCCCCAAGCCCCCAGUCACUGCAGAAGAGCCUCGCAACAGGACCCUGCUCAAGGCGGUUCCUCUCAGUGCCUCAGUUUUCCCAUCUGGCACAGGAGGGCAACACCCACCCACCCUGCUGCUUUGAGGCUUCCAGGGAUCUGAAGCUUUAUUUUUAUUCCUACGCAUCCCCCCAGCCAGUGACCACCACUGGCCCAACACUCCUACAGCCCCACGGCUUCCACCCACCAUGCACCUUGCAUCAAGAGCCAGCAGACAGCCACAGCAUGGCUGGGUGGGCUUCAGGGUAUGGCAUGGGAAGGAGCGAGGCCCCAGGCAGUUUGUUCAAACCCUUCCUCCACCUCUCAGUCUCACUUCCUCCUCUGGAAAACCCCUGGCAGCCAUGGGAAAGCAAGCCUAGGACUGCCAGGUCCUGCCAGUGACCGAGGUGGCUCCAAGCCCUGCCUCUGCUUCACCAUCAGCUCCUUUCUGCUGCUGCAACCGGGCCCCAUACAGGCAGAAGGGCUGUAAAGUCUCAUCCCACCAUGUCCCAUCAGGGACGGGAAUGACUUGGAACAAGCAGUCUGGGGGACAGCAGCUCCUUGGAGCAAGACAGGACUCUCCAAGCCCUAACCCAGCAAUGUCAGGCCAUGAAUGCUCCUGCUCCCAAGGGCAGUUUGUAUCUAGGACAAAUUUCAUCCCCUGCUUGAUAGAAAAAAACUUAUCAGCUCUGGCACAACCAGCUUCCAGGCUCAGUAGGGUGAUACUUUGGGGCAGAUUUAUGGGGUUUGCUGUCUGGUGCUUUUUUGGGGGUGUUUGGGUCAUUUUGUUCUUCCUUUUUAAAUCAGUUACAGCUACAUGUUACCUUUGGGAAACAACCUCCAAAACUUCCCCAAUCAACCCCAAACAGAAGCAGCAGCUCUUUUUAUUUCUCAGGGUCCCUCAGGUCCCAUCCCUGCCACAGGCUGUCCCCACCCAACUUCUGCUUCACGCUAGCCCACCUCUACAUCGUGGCAGCCCUCAAGGCCACAGUGAAACACUCCCCCAAGGCCCAGCCAGCCUCUGCGUGGAUGUUACAUGCAUCCCGUGGCAGAUUUAGCCACAGUGAAGACAAUGGCUGCAAACUCGAGGCAGGAACAAACCUCUUCCAGCCAGUUUGUGGGAUGAGGCGAUGGCGCAGCAGGUACUGCUGCCUCCUGGGAAGGCCGUGGGUCUACGAUGCUGCCAGUGGCUGCUGCCAGGGCUCUGGGGCUGCAUGGAGAUGUGCCUGGGACUAGUUUAAAUGCUGUGCGUGCAGGGGAAUUGUUACCAACCCCACUCGGAGCAGUGUUCUCCUGUCUGCUGGGCCACCGCUGGUCUCACCGACGGGCCGGCCCCACUCAGCACGGUGUCCGUGGGGCAGGGGGGGGUCCCUCAGCCCCACAGGUGCCCAAAGAUGGGUGCUCCCUGGCAAGAGGACAGACAGAAGGACGAGGCCUCUCCUCAUGCAGGUGGUCCCCACUGCUCCCCUGCAACCUGUACCUCCACUCCACGUACCUUCCUAGCCCGAAGAGACAAAAAUAAAGAUGGUUUUGUUCUUUCUCGCAGAUGCUAAAUAAACCUCUCAGCUCAA